GCCGCCAGCUACUUUCUGAGCGCAACCCCCUAUCCUUUCAGUAUGCGGACGGCUCGGAAUGGCUACUGACGCCAGCGCGCUUGAGGAGCUACACAGCGAGCUCACCUGUCCAGUGUGCCUCGAGCUCUUCCGUGAGCCAGUGAUUCUCGAGUGCGGACACCACUUCUGCCGCGUGUGCAUUACGCAGUGCUGGGAGGCCAAGUCCGAUGAGCACCCGACCUGCCCGAAGUGCCGGAAGACAUGCCCUCGGAAGCUGCGCCCCAACUCGCUUCUGUGUAACGUCGUGGACAGCGUGAAGAGAGCUCGAGCCAUGGAUGGAAAACCCGGGGAUCCGGAGAGCGCACAGGAGGAUACUGAAGAACGGCAACGUGGGGCCAUUAUGCCCAGCUCCGGGUUCAGUUUCACCGGUUCUUCUUCGCGCCUCGAGUCGGACCUGUGCGAGGAGCACGAGGAGAAGUUGAAGCUAUACUGUGAGGAUGAUCAGCUCGCGAUCUGCCUGGUGUGCGGAAUGUCCCGAGACCACAAGACGCACAAUGUCAUCCCCAUCAACGAGGCGUUCGAGAACUACAAGGACAAACUGUCCAUAGCCCUGGAGAGAGUAAUGAUCCAGACUGAACAGGCUUCUUUCUAUCAGGUCCAGACCAACAACAAGAUCAUGCUCAUCAAGGAGCGUGCUGGGGACAUGGAGGAGAAGGUGAGUGCAGAGUUUGGAUGUCUGAGGGAGUUCCUUCUCCAGGAAGAAGAAAGAGUGAAGGAGAGACUGCAGAGGGAGAAGGAAGAGAGGCUCAACCAAUUGGAGGAGGUCCUCAAACACACCACAGAGCAAAUCAGCCACUUAGAGCAAACUGCCGACCAGCUCCGCAUCAAACUCCGAGAGGAUCAGAACCCGGCACAACUCAGGGGAAUCAAGGAUUUUAUUGGAGGAGCGGAGAUUAUGUUUGAAAGACCCCAGGAGGUGUGUGUGGAUCUGCCGGAGGGGGACUUCCUGGGACCACUGCAGUACCGCACCUGGAGGAGGAUGAACGCUGUGCUUCAGCCAGGUGUGACAGUGGUGACUCUAAACCCAGACACGGCCUACCCCAGGCUGUGGGUGUCCCCGUGCUGCACCCAGGUCAGUGUCGGGGACAUCCAGCCCAACCUGCCCAACAACCCUGAGCGCUUCACCCGCUACAACAUCGUCCUGGGAAGCCAGGCCCUCACCUCAGGGCAACACUACUGGGUGGUUGAGGUGGGCACUAAGACGGCCUGGGGGCUGGGGGUGGCAGCCGCCUCGGUCAACAGGAAGGAGGAGAUCUGCCUGUGUCCCGACGACGGCUUUUGGACCCUGGUGUUAAGAGAGGGGCGGGAAGGGAGUGAGUACGAGGCCUGCACCAACCACGAAGAGAGCCUGUUGCACCCCCCUCGCCCCCCCAGGAGGGUAGGGGUGUAUCUGGACUACAGGAGGGGUGUGGUGGCAUUUUACGAUGCAGGGGAUAUGAGUCACCUGUUCACGUUCUCCGACGCCAUGUUCAAAGAGCCGGUGUUCCCCUACUUCAACCCCUGGCCAAUCAUCAAAGGGAGAAACCGUGAGCCUCUAAUUAUUGUUAGCCCUGACCCGGAGAUAUGAAAGAACUGUUAAGAUCUGUCAGAGAACACUGAGAACCAAAGACAAGAAAGUAGAACAAGAUAGAGAACCUGUGAGAGAAACAGCAAUGUCCUAUUCACUAAUGUACUAACACUUGACUAUUGUUCACAGUUUUGUCAUUUAUGAACAUUUCCUGUAAAUAUGUUGCCAUGGAGAAUAUAUGAGUGUUUUGUGUUUAAAGAGAGCACAUGCCAGAGGACUCUGAAGUAAGCCACAUGGAUAAACUCAUUGAGAAGCACCUUAAACAUGACAUUCUUAUCCUUACAAAUGAGCAUGGCCAAAGAAUGAAAUGACAAUUUCAUACUAUAUUUAUAUAAAGUAUAUAUAGUAUGCUGA